AUGGCGGGAACUAAGGAGCCGCGAUCCAGCGAGCGCGCCCGGGAGCGCGCCCACUCGCGCGCAUCCAACUACACAGAGAGCACAGAAAGUGGGGAAGAAUGGAGAGGCUUCAUUCUCACAAUAACAGAGCUGUCAGUUCCCCUACAUGUGUCACUCCUUCCUGGGCAAGUAAUUAGACUGCAUGAAGCCUGGGAAAAGAAAAGGAGAAUUGAGACAGAGCAGACACUGAGUUCAUUUCCUGAAAAAGGGAAGGAACCAAUUGAAGAUUAUGUGGAUGUAUUGAACCCUAUGCCACCUGUGGAGGGCAGCAGCCUGCCCAAAGUCACACAGCUAAACCCAGGUCCAUGGCGAGGUGGCUCCUGGGCCCGCCUCUUACCUGAGGAGCAUCUGAUCAGGGCAGUGACUGGAUGGAGCCGGUCUCAGCUAGGAGCUGGCUCGAGGGCGGCGGUAGGGGCCGGGGUGGGAGGCAGCUUUGCCAUGGAUGAUGAUGAUGAUGAUGAUGAUGAUGAUGAUGAUGAUAUGAUGGCUAUUAUUAACAAUCACUGUCCCCACUUAUGGGGUACAUUUGUGGGUGCUCUCCUGCCAAGAAUCAAGCACUACAAAGUGAUGAGUGUAGGAAAAAACUACACUAUUGAAUUGGAAAAACCUAUAACACUCCCAAAUCUUUUCAGCGUCAUUGAUUAUUUCGUGAAGGAGACUCGAGGAAAUUUACGACCAUUUAUAUAUUCAACUGAUGAAACCCUUGAGAUGAAAGGAUUUCCUGUAACAUCUCUAAAAUAA